CUCCGAUCCGUCCCCAUGGAACCAGUAAACGCGUGGGGCAACUCCUCCCUCGAGAGCGUGGACCCCGAGAUCCACGACCUCAUCGAGAAGGAGAAGCGCCGCCAAUGCCGAGGAAUCGAGCUCAUUGCCUCCGAAAACUUCACCUCCUUCGCCGUCAUUGAGGCCCUCGGGAGCGCCCUCACCAACAAGUACUCCGAAGGCAUGCCCGGCAACCGCUACUACGGAGGCAACGAGUUCAUCGACGAGAUCGAGAACUUGUGCCGCUCGCGCGCCCUCCAGGCCUUCCACCUCGACGCCGCCAAAUGGGGUGUCAAUGUUCAGCCCUACUCCGGUUCUCCCGCCAACUUCGCCGCCUACACCGCCGUCCUCGAGCCCCAUGACCGCAUCAUGGGAUUGGACCUUCCAUCCGGUGGUCACCUGACCCACGGGUACUACACUUCCGGAGGGAAGAAGAUCUCGGCGACCUCGAUUUACUUCGAGAGUCUGCCGUACAAGGUCAAUUCCUCAACUGGGUUCAUCGAUUACGACAAGUUGGAGGAGAAGGCCUUGGAUUUCAGGCCAAAAUUGAUAAUUUGCGGCGGCAGUGCGUACCCCAGGGACUGGGAUUACGCAAGGUUCCGCGCCGUUGCGGAUAAGUGCGGUGCUCUUUUGCUCUGCGACAUGGCUCACAUUAGCGGCCUUGUUGCUGCUCAGGAAGCUGCAAAUCCCUUUGAGUACUGUGACAUUGUCACAACCACAACCCACAAGAGCUUGAGGGGUCCUAGGGCUGGUAUGAUCUUCUACAGGAAGGGACCAAAACCACCCAAGAAGGGCCAGCCCGAGGGUGCAGUUUAUGACUUUGAAGACAAGGUCAACUUUGCUGUUUUUCCCUCCCUUCAAGGUGGUCCUCACAAUCACCAAAUCGGUGCCCUAGCUGUUGCUCUUAAGCAGGCCAUGACACCCGGGUUCAAGGCAUAUGCCAAACAAGUCAAGGCCAACGCUGUUGCCCUCGGGAACUACCUGAUGAGCAAGGAUUACAAGCUUGUCACAGGAGGAACAGAGAACCACCUUGUUCUGUGGGAUCUCAGGCCUCUUGGUUUGACCGGCAACAAGGUUGAGAAGCUUUGUGACCUGUGCAACAUUACUGUGAACAAGAAUGCUGUUUUUGGUGACAGCAGUGCCUUGGCUCCUGGAGGAGUAAGAAUCGGUGCCCCGGCUAUGACCUCAAGAGGUUUGGUUGAGAAGGAUUUUGAGAAGAUAGGGGAAUUCCUUCACAGGGCUGUAACUCUCACCUUGAAAAUCCAGAAGGAGCAUGGAAAACUACUCAAGGACUUCAACAAGGGUUUGGUGAACAACAAGGACAUUGAAGAACUCAAGGCUGAUGUCGAGAAGUUCUCCGCCUCAUUUGACAUGCCCGGCUUCUCCUUGGCCGACAUGAAGUACAAGGAUUAAGCGUAGGUAUCCGCUAUUCUAUUAUUUUCUCUAUUAUUUCCGGGCCUUGCGAAUCAAGUAACCUCACCUUAUGGUGAUCCGAAAAAUGAAAGGUGAAAAAAAAACUUUGUAUUGUUUUCAUGUCAUCGAUUAGCUGUUGAUUUUUCUGUUUUUCCCCGAUAUCGAUCUUAAAGUUGUCGGGAUGGCACGUGUUACAGAGUUUGAGAUGAAAUCCUCUCGGUAACUAGAUGCGUUAGGUUUGUGUUUUCAUAUGUUCAUCAAGAAAUAAACAAUGCUGAUGGGGGUCAGAGUUUGGAAAGUGAAAGAUAUGACGUCAUAACUUCAUGUAUACUCAUAUGUACUGUUCUUUGUUGUCAUAUAUAAUGGUGAUUGCCGUUAUAGUCAACAAAAAAUAUAUUUUCAAAAUUGGUAUCA